CUGUUUUCCGGUUUAAUUGUUUUGAACUGACGCAUGCAGCUCCGCUCUUUGCAGGUUAGACCUGCCGCUCGACGACCACGUAUUCCAGCGGGGAAGCGGAAUUAUUUGGCCAGAGAAUAUUGUUUGUCCGGAUUUCAUUUGUUGAGGCGAAAUAUAUUCGACCGCGUGUUUUAAGGAUCUGUUGUAUUUAUUUAUCAAGAUGGGCUGUGCUGGAUUCACCUGCUCCAAACACUCCCUGUGCGCGCUCAACAUCCUCUAUGUUAUGGUGAGCCUGCUGAUGAUCGGCAUCGCAGCAUGGGGGAAGUGGUUCGGUCUGGUCUCCAGUUUCCAGGUUGUAGGAGGUGUGAUCGGUGUGGGGGUGUUCCUCUUCUUUGUGGCCCUUGCCGGCCUCAUCGGAGCCAUGAAGCAUCACCAGGUCCUGCUCUUCUUUUACAUGAUUGUCCUGUUUAUGGUGUUUAUUGUGCAGUUCUCUGUUUCCAGUGCCUGUUUGGCCAUCAACAGAGAGCAGCAGGACCACUUGCUGGAGGUAGGGUGGAACAACUCUCAGAGCACACAGAGGGAUGUGGAGAAGAGCCUCAACUGCUGUGGCUUCAAACAGGUGGACCCCAACGGCCCUGUGAUGCU